ACAAGAACAGAAGAUACAUGACUUAUGAGGCUACCAGAGGCUACUACACCUCCAGAUUAUUGACAGCCUGCAACUUACUUGCUUCCAACAUGAUAGUAACACAUUCUAAGGUUCGUAAUCGGCUACUUCAGAACGCUGUUGCUAUUCUGUGGGUAAAGGUCCUCAUUUUGUUGAUGGUGGCAUCUUACAAAGAAAAGGAAGUUCGAGAUGGGAACACUUGUUUCAAAUGCUCUCCUCUCAUUCGCGAUGCUGCCAACAAGGAAAACCUCUGGGAAGCUCUGCUGUACAAACACAUCAGCACAGUGAGUAAGGAUAUGGCACCUUGGGGAAUAAUGCCUACAAAGCAAGCCCGGGAUGACGAUGCUGAUCACUAGCAUGAAGGAUACCAAGCAAGCUAAGGAUGAAGUACACGAUGAAGGCAAUGAGGACAAUGAAAACAUGCAAUCCAUAAACAUAGCAGCAGCUCCAAGUUCUUCUGUGUAUGAUAAUAUGAUUGCUACUUUUUAAAGGAAGUGUAUAUGAUAGUUUGAUGUUUCUACAAGAAAGGAAAAAAUGGUUUGAAUUAAGAACAUUCAUCAGUAUGAAUAAAAAACAAUUAUCAGUUCGA